AUGGUAUUACAUUAUACUUCGGCGCCUUCCAUGCCUCCCAACGCACUUGGUUUACAUAUGUCUGCACCUCCUGCUUCAACAUCUCUCUCAUUCUCUGGUGCUGUCUCUAAUACAAACAGUUACGGCGUUCUGCCUUUGGUUGGUGCUGGGCACCACAUGUACCGUGGUCCGCCUCCUUGCGCUGCGCGACAUCCUCGUGGUGCACCAAUCACUUGCUGCCAACAUCAUUUGUCCGAUCCACUCCCUGGCAAGUCCUUGGCGAGUUCUUCAGGUCACUCUUAUACAGUAACUGCUACUACUGUCACAAUCGAUCCCACCCACUCUCCGCCUGGCAGGUCUGAGACAGCAGCUCUUAUUCAUACAACCGGUUCUUGUGAAGAAGAACCCUCUCUCACAAUCGAACCUCUGGGUUAUUCGCAGGAGUCUGUCAUGUCGACGAGGCCUAAUGGCUCAUCACCACCGGCUGAAUCAUUAACUGCAGCUACGCCAACAACGGCCUAUACACAUGAGGCUUGA